AUGACUGUGGUUAGCACCCACAUCCGGUGCAGGAGCGCUUCUGCAGCGCCCCGAUCCUGGCCUGGCAGCGGGCCCGAGCACAGAGAGCGACGUUGCCCACUGCUUGUGCCACGCGAAGAGCGAGGCCUCAAGGAGCUCAUGAUGGCGCUGAAGAGACAUGGCUUUAGAAUGACUGCCUCUGUUGCGAUCACGUGCAUGUCCCCACAGUGGACUGUAGACGUAGGACUCUGGUCAGAGCAGAAGUGUCAGACCUGGUCCCAGCCAGCCUCCUGUGGGAGGGGGACUUCAGAAAGCUGGACCUGGGCUUGGGCCAGAAUACAGAGGUCCCAGCCUACCUCAGCGGCCAAGCUGAGAAGGCCGUCUUUAAUUCAGCCAGCCACAGGGAACCAGCAGGCCCAAGGUGGUAUUUAG